UCGCCUCUACGUUAACCUGCAUCUCUGACCAAGGGACACGGGAACCAUGGAGAAAUUCCUCGCUGCAUCGAAAGCGAAACUGGCUGAUCUCAGAAUGGCGGGAAAGGUGACGGUGGUCAUGGGGAACCAGACCUGCGACCUGGAUUCCGCGGUCUGCGCCCUGGUGGAGGGCCUCCUCCGAUAUCAGGAGGCAAGGACCCGUAAUCACGAUCCGGCCGUGAUACCCGUAAUGAAUGUCGCGGAGGAGGAAUUCCGCGUAAGGACCGAAGUCGUUUAUUACCUCAGACGACAUAACGUACCCCUAAAUUUGCUGACGUUUCGCUCGCAGGUCGCGCUGGAGGUCCUCGCCGGGGAGCGGAGGCUGGAGCUGGUCCUGGUGGAUCACCACGCGCUCCCGGAGCGGGACUCGUCGCUGGCCGAUUCCGUCGUGGAAAUUAUUGAUCACCGGCCCCGAGACGCGGCCUGGCCCUGGCGCGGGAGGACGAUUAAUUUACAAACAGUCGGCAGCUGCGCCACUCUGGUGGCCGGGAACGUAUUAGCGAGGCGCCCGGAAGCCCUGGACUCGCAAGUUUCCAAUCUUCUGAGAGGCGCCAUCCUGAUCGACACCUGCAACUUCUCGAAGGAGGCCAAUCGCGCCACUCCGUUGGAUUUGGAGGUUAUGCAGCGGCUCGAGGAAGUGGAUGGCGUUAGAGAUGAUAGAGAGACGGUGUACAAGGAGAUUUUGGCCGCGAAGACCGACAUAUCCGAGCUAACGCCGAGGGAUUUGCUGAUCAAGGAUUACAAAAUGGCGGGCGGGGUGCCGAUCGCCGGCUUGCCGGUGCUGGUGGAGGAGUUUAUCAAACUGGAGGGCGCCUACGAAGCCGUGGAAUCGUUUACGAGGGCGAGAAACGGCCAGCUCGCGAUCCUUAUGGGGCUGGAUUUAAAGAACGACGUCGUAACGAGAGACAUCGCCGUGUUCUCAUUGUCGCCCGAUGAGCUGGAAAAUAAAGUGAUCCGAGCGUUGACGUCCGCCACCCAGCCGAGUCUGCAGCUGACGGAGUCGUCGAGCCUCGUCGAGCCCGGGCGCAGGUUCCUGCUCUAUCGGCAGGGCAACGUGCGGGCGUCGCGCAAGCAAAUACUGCCGAUCGUACAAAGCGCCGCCGUCGCCGCGCCCUGUCAAUGUUGACCCUCCUGCAGUACUUGCCGGCCCGGGCAAACCUGCCCCUAAGUGUGUAUUAACACUUUGCCGCCGCGAAAUGCGCCCCCGCGAUAAAUCAUUCCGGCUUUCGCGUGGUUAUCGAUUGGCCUCGCCGGCAGGGCGAUUGAACCGGCAGCCCCCCCGGCAGCUGUGUACAAUGUACCGACAUACCGACCGCCUGUACGACCAUCUUCCCUGCGAUUCCAUGCACGGGCCCCGAAUUCCACCGCCGAAUUCCGACCACGCUUUCGACGCGGCCCUGUUACGAGGACCGGCUAACGAGUUCGUCGCUAAAAGAAGAGAGGCCAAGAAACGGGAACCUAGGGCCGCGUCGGGGGGUGGAGGGUCAAUGGCGGAUGGACCUCGUCUCGGGGAUUACGCGAACAUCCCCCAUUGACCGGUGGAAUUUGGCCGUUCGGUUGUUCAGCGGUUAAUCCACCGCGCCGUGUUUAAAGUAGAUACGAGCCGGUUUGUUUGCCCGCGGAAUACUGCAUUAAAUGUUAAAUGCGCGCGGAAAAGUUUUAAUUUGCCGCGGUUUAAUAUAUUGCAGGAAGUUCACUCGGUUAAUCGCCGGCCCGGUUAUACCAGCGCCCCGUACUGCCAGCGCGCUGCAUUUUUCCGUGCAUCAGCAGUAGAGUCUGCUGCAACAAUUAGUUGCGCUUUCGCCCCCGCUUACACGGGGGUUGGAUUUUCUAGCAAUCGGGGGGAGAGGAAUCGCUAAGUCGAGGGCGCGGUUUCAAUUGCGAUGGCCAGGUAUACGGUUGCCGUUGCCACGAGGUAGGAAGCGUGUACACUGGUGGUCAUGAAUGGCUUUCUGGUGUAUGGAGCGGGGAGGAGCUGGUGCGAGCGGGUACGGGGUCGUUCGAUAGACCAGUUUGAAGGAAAGAACCUUCCUCGUCGGGCUGAAGCGAUGGCAGGUGCGAAGAAAAUUUAACGGGGACAGGGCAGCCCGAAAACGGACUGAAAACGUCAUGUAUCCGCUCGAAAAUCGCUUCAAACCCCUGUAUCUCACCUGAAAAAAAUUAAAAGGAUGUACGCGUAUAUGUAGUUUUUCCGGUACGCCGUGCGUAGAGGAAAGGGAUCCAACCCCUUAUUUUUUGUACCAGGGCUACUCCCGGAACAUGUUUGCUCUCACGCUACCUCGCGUGCACCAAGA